AUGCGCGAGAUCCAAAAAGAUGUCCCGGUGAUUCUGAGACAGGCAAUACUUGCGGAUAACUCCUCUCAGACUUUCUCCACUUGGGGAGGCUAUGUCCGCGGGGACUUGCCGCCGGAACGGGUAUUCAAAUUCGAAGCCGACGGCAACGGAGGUGGAUCCUGGAGCAAUGCUACCGAGCCCCAACUCAUGCGCUCCCACGGCGGCGCAUUUGUGAGUACUCCUGGGUCGGGCUUCUAUUUCGGAGGGCUAGAGGAGGAUACAGAUACUAUCAAGAAGGGCGAUUACGUGCCAGGCUUCCUCCAGGUCAACUACACCUUCCAGGAGGCUGUCUGGACCCAACGUCCCAACGCGCCUUACUCUCAGCUCGGCAGUAUCAACGGUGGUAGCGCCCAUCAUGUCCCUGCAUUCAGACUUAACGGGUUGGUCGUAAUCUUGGGCGGAAUCGAGCUCGGAAACUGGGAGCAUGAGGAUCGUAGCAUGGACACAAUCUGGUUCAUGGACCCUGCGGCGCCGGACCAGUGGCACUCCCAGAAGACACCCGCUCCUUUUCCACGUCCGCGGAGGUGGCAAUGCGUGGUUGGAGCGCAAAGGCGCAACAACACGUAUGAGAUUUUCAUAUUCGGCGGUAACAACGAUGUGGUGCUGGAUGAAGUCUGGGUCUUGAGCCUCCCGGGCUUCUUCUGGACGAAAUACGAUGGCAAAAUACCGUGCAGCUUUAUGUCCGGUGUCGUUGCCGGCCAAUGCCAAAUGAUUGUGGUCGGAGGUUUGAAAAGCAAAGGCAAUGCAGCGGGGUCCUCGCUUCCUCAAGGACUCGGGAUUUUCAAUCUCACAACAUUGGAAUGGAAAGGCGACUUCGACCCGGGGGCUGCCGCUUACGACUCACCAGAUUCCGUCAAGUCAUGGUACAACGAUGGGCAAGUUCCCGCCUGCUGCUCGCAGCCCCCCACUAGCACACCCUACGAACAGAAAACCAGAAACCUUGCGCACGUCAAGUACCACCCCGGUGUGGAAGAGUUUCUGAAUCUGCCUCACAGCCCCGCCGACAACUCAUUAAGCCCUGGUGAGAUGGGCGGCGCAGUUGGAGGGGGCGUCUUGGGGGCUGUGUUGAUCGGGGUGGCCGUCUUCCUGUUACUUCGGCGGCGGAAGAAGAAGCAGGUCCGGAGGAGCGGGACUGAAACCGGAUACUCAGCUCUCAAGCCGUCGGGCUCCUCGUGGCCGCCGACGUCGACAACCCCUAAGCGCUUCGAACUGCCCGAAGGGCAUGGGACCUCUGAGGUCGGCGGACGCCUCCCUUCUUAUGCCACCGUAGAAUGGCAAGCAUACUAG